AUGGACCAGCUCGAGCUGCGGUCCGUCGUGCUCGGCGCCGUCGAGCGCUACGACGGCGACGGCACGGGCAGCAUCCACGCGAGCCUCUUCCUCCAGGCCAUCGAGGGCCUGGGCCUCAAGUACGGCAUGCGCGUCGUCGACGACAUCAUGUGCGAGUGCGCCAUCUCCGAGGAGGGCUACGUCGACUACCGCGAGUUCCGCGACGCCGUCUCCGCCGAGGGCCGCGAGGCGGCGCUCGCGGAGCUGGAGCCGCGGCAGCCCGCGCCGCGGUCCGCGAAGAAGAUGUCGCACGGCUACGUCGACGCGCCCGUGCGGCCCUUCCAGGCCCACGCGGCGACCGUCGAGGCGGAGCACCAGCAGCGCGUCGCCCGGGAGAAGCGGCGCGAGCUGCAGGUCGUCUUCGAGCGCUACUCCCGGGGCUUCUCCGACGACGCGGGAUUGAAGGCGGAGCUGCGGGAUCUAGGUCUCCAGGUCACCGCGGACCUGGACGCGGCGCUCGCCAAGGCCCGCGGGGGCAACGAUCUGGUGUUCCACAAGUUCUACCGCGCCUUGGUGGCGCGCGACUCCGGCGGCCCGCCCCUCGCGCCCACGGAGGGGCGCUACAAGGGCCACGCGGCCACGGUCAGCGUCCGCGACCACGCGGCCGCCGGCGGCCGGCGGCCCCAGACCUACGCGGAGGUCGACGAGGACGUCGUCGAGGAGUUCAUGUCCUUCUACGGCGCGCGGAAGCGCACGAACCCGGCGCGCAACGCGUCCAUCUUCGGCCGGAGCCUCGCGCUCCAGGGCCAGUCGCUGGAGGACGAGCUCCUCGGCGAGCUGCCCCGGGACGAGGGCAUGGGCGCCGACGGGUCGCCCAAGAAAUCGCUCACGGGCCGCAAGCUCUUCGGCAGCCGCAGCCGCGAGCUCCAGGGGUCGUCGCAGGCGUGGUCCUACAAGGACGGCGAGGUGAAGCGGAAGGAGACGUCGACGGACGCGCGCUUCGCGACGGCGACCAAGGUCGCCAUGCGCGCGGGUUUGGGCGAGCCCGAGGUCGUCGGCAUCCGCAACAGCGAGCAGGCGCUCCAGCGCCAGCAGAUCUACGCCGCGGUGCGCAAGCUCGGCCACGGCGACAUGUCCGCGCGCGCGUUCCAGGACCGCAUGUUCGCCAUGGGCGUCGAGAUCCCGCCGGCGGUGCUCAAGCUCCUCACGGACUGCGAGGCCUCCGGCGAGGCGAACCUGUCCAAGUUCGUGUCCGCCUUCGAGCGCUACUUCGACGCGCGGCAGCGCGACUUCGGCAUCAACGCCGUCGACGUCGACACGGAACUCGCGUCGAAGGUGCUCGCGGCGCUGCGGCGCAAGGGCGCCCACGGCCUGCGGGCCCUGUUCCUCGGGCUCGGGCGCGUCGCGACGCUGCCCCUCGACGGCGACGCCCACGACGCGGAGCCCGCGGUCGACUUCGCGCAGUUCUGCUCCGCGCUCGACGCGCACGCCUCUCCCGCGACGUUGGACCUCCCGGAGCGCCGCGCCUUCUUCGCGCGCUUCGACAUGAUGAAGAACGGCAUGCUGAGCCCGACGCAGCUCGUCCAGUACUGCUGCAACGUCGCCUUCCCGGGGGACGUCGGCGGCUUCCCGCCGAAGCGUCUGGCGGCCGUGCGGGCGGCGUUCCAGAAGUUCGACCGCGUCGGCGACGGCCUCGCGGACGCCAACGAGGUGCGGCGCGCCUUCGACGCCCACAAGCAUCCCCUCGUGUUGGACGGCGUCGCCGACGCGACGGCGGUCCGGAAGGACUUCGCGUUGUACCUGCCGGCGAAUCGGCACGGCGCGAUCACGGCCGACGACUGGGAGGCCUACUACUGCCAGGUGUCGGCGGCCCUAGGCCCCGGCGACGUGUCCUUCCUGCGCUGGGUCAAGGGCCCCUGGCGCGUGCCCGACGCGCCGCCCGCGCCCAAGGAGUUCUGCCGCCGGGGCCUGCGGGGCGGCGCGAAGAACAGCGACGACCCCACGUUCGCCGUGCCCAAGCCCAUGAGCGGCCAGUGCCACGGCGACAUCGUCGCCUGGAACCAGGAGAAGAGCCAUCUCGAACGGCGCGACGACGCCCACGCGGUCAAGCGCGGCCAGUCGCGCGUCGAGCGGCAAAACUUCCACUUCGCGCGCGACUUCGGCAAGGUCUCCCUCGACGAGGCCGUGUCGGAGAUGGACCAGCAGUUCGGCGUCAAGCGGUCCUCGGCGCUGACGCUGGCCCACGCCGCCGGCGAGGGCGGCAUCCUCAAGUGGUACGCGCCGCGCGACGAAUCCGAGCGCCUCGCGGCGUCGGCGCCGCCGCCGCCCGUGCCCCGGGCCGACGUCUCCGGGGCCGCCGGCGGCGGCAGCGGCACCUUCUCCGCGCACCCCCUCGAGCUCCGCGAGCGGGCCCAGCACCCGCAGCAGGCCGCGAACUGGAACCGCGGCUGCCCGUACGGCGCGGACCCGGAACCGGCCGCCGCGGCGGCGAAGAAGCAGGGCGCGACGCCCGUGAGCCUCAAGAGCCUCCUCCACAAGAACUAG